AUGCUUUCUUGGGAAGCCCCGACGUCGGUCAACAUUGACAAAUGCGAGUGCGGCAGAGGUCCUGCGCACUAUCGCUGCACCGAAUACUCUCAUCAUCGAGGGUGGUUCCACUGGAUUGAAGAGUGGUCGGGUAAAUGUUUCGUUCAACGCGACCUUGCUGAUCUGGAGUUUGUCAUUCUCCUCGGUCAUCAAGGCCGACCAUGUCCCGAAGCGGAUCCUCUGAAGCCCGAGACGGUCUCGGUGGUUGUUGCACAUGUGAACGGCAUCCACCGCUGUUCGCUGCGCUACUGCCAAUGUCCACGAGCCCCGGACCGUGUUAUACAGCUCAUACAUGCUCGUCUCUGGCCCACCACCCUCAAAUCUUGUCAGACAGCCCAUUUAUGGCUCAAUGCGAAGAUCUCCACUCUCCAUUUCAUGCGUACUUUGAAGCGCCUGACGAAUAACGCGUUUCCGUCUCAGACCAAGGAUCUAUACCAACAGUUUCGCAUCGUCAGCAGGCUUUUCUCGCACCUGACAGCAAUGAAACGCGCCGGGCGCUUUCAUGAACUUGUUAUCCCUAAUCGCGACCCGCUCGACCUCACGGUACCUUGUCUAUCAUGCCCGUCUCCCGGUUUCAACUUACCGGACAACUGGCAUCUCGUCGCGGAAUAUCUAAGCUACUUGUUCCGAGUGGCAUUCGGCAUGGACGGCAACUACUGGCUCAACAAGAAAGCGAAGAAGAACGAAGACCCAGAGACCGCAGUCUCAGCCAGGGAGACUCCUUCAUCGUCGACCACAACGAGGCUGCUAGUGCUGUUCAGAAGACGUAUGACGGCCAUGAAGACAAAGUGGUAUACGCACACCUGUAGCGGCUUCAAAGUCGCACGCGCGCAACGCGCUGGCAAGUUUCGAGGGCUUCAAUAUUCUGGAGUGUCAGCCAUUAGCUGUCGACACUCAUUCUUCUGGCGUAACAUGGUCAUCAACCUGAUUUCCGGCGAGAAGUAA